CACGUUUCACGAAUUGCAUGAAUUAAUUCAAGUAAAUUUCACUUCCCAAACUACAUACUUGUCACACGAGGAUUAAUCGCACUACCUAUACAAUUAAUAAACAAACCACGAAUAAUCAACUGGGGUAUCACCUCUUGCAGACAAAGAAAGCCAUCCAUCUUCCCAUCCACGCGAACCCACGAGAUUUGAAACACAGACAUCAUAGUCUCAGAACCUCACCUCUGCAUCUGCUCUACCCACCACGUUCUUCCCCUCACAAACACAAAUCGACACUUCAAAAUGUCGGACGCAUACGAGCGCGAACGUCAAAACAAUUCUCGUCUCAAUGAACUAUCUGCAAAAGUGUCGGCAUUGAGAGGCGUUACCGUGGAUAUCUAUGAUAAUGCUAGAGCGCAAGAUGUUAUUGAUAAUACUUCCGAUACCUUCUCUAGCAUGUCUUCCUCCCUCAAAGGAUCCGCUUCACGUCUAGGCCGUAUGGCUUCCUCCGGAAAUAAAGUCGCCAUCUUGAAGCUCAGCGGGAUGAUUAUUGGGUGCGUGAUGGUUUUGUGGUUCUUAUGGGGAUUGUUUGUUUAGAUGAGGGGCUGGAAGCUUUACAUGAUGGAAAAGAGGAAAUUGAAGAUCAAACCUGAAAGGCAUCGGCAAGGUCAAUUUUUGAAUUUGUAGGAUGCAGCGCAGGAAUGGCAAAGUAUCUAGCAUUGAGCGUACAAACUCAAUAGCGCUUGAAGAGGGAUAUGGGAACA